AUGGCGGCAUCCCAUGCAGGCACUGGCCUCCCUCAGGCAGACAUUUCUGGGGUCACAGUUGUCAACGUCGAAGCUAUUUCUCUUCGGUUAUUUCGAAACUUCUAUGCGCAGCGAAUUGACGUUCAGGACUUUGUGGCCCUCAUGCGACGAUUUUCACACGAGAAUGACAGCCAGCUGCGGCGAAUCCAUCAAACAGUGAUUGCACUUCUGAUGGGGAUUUUUCAAUCCCUGCCACAUUGGCCAGAAAAGGAGCUGUUGAGGACUGCGGAGCUUCUGGGGCAACUCAUCCGUUGGGACUUGAUUCCUGAUGGUGGUCCGUUGCAAAGAGCGUUGUGUUGCAUGCUGCAUGCCUUCAGAGAGCCGGCAAACAGCCUGCUGUACAGGUUUGGGCACCGCCUGCUCGAGCAAUUCAGGGGCAGGCUUGCCGAAUCCGAAGUGGGUCUAGCGCUGACCCGGCACAUCGUUCAACCAAGCCUCCGCCACGAGGAGGAGGAACGCAGGGAGGAUAGGCGCCCAUCGGCUUUGCCACAAGCCGCUCAAGCGGCUGGUCUCCGUUGGCACCUGCCAUCCAACGGUCUCCAGUUACUUCGUACGCAGGUUCCAUUACAGGUUUCUGGAACCCCACUUGCUAGCGUGCCAAGUACAGCGCCACGAGCGCAAGGUACGCAAGCAUCAGGCGUUACGUGGAUGUUUGGCGGCGUCGCCAAGGCAGCUCCACGUCAAGCCAAGCAAGGUGCAAUGGCAUCCUCAGAGGAAAAGCGAGAUCGAGGCAAGCAGAACAAGCGUAGUUCUGCAAAGAAAAAGAAUGCUGCCAACCAAGACCAGCGCACGUCCUGGCCAGCCUUCAUUGAGGUAGAACUCGAUACCAUGAAGUUCUGCCUGACUGACGAGGAUGUGCAGGUGUGCAACAGAGAAGCUGAUUCAGUCCAUGAUGCUCCCAACUCGGACGAGCAUGGUGCAAGUUAA